AACAGAUUUGUUAGUUACAUCGUCUAAUCAUAUUUCAGUUAUUUCAUCUUAUGUCCUCAGUUGGACACUUAAACAUGGAUUGUAUUCUAACGAGUAGUUGUGUCUAAUUCGUUUAAUUAAAACCAUUCAGCUUAAAGCUUUAAAUUUACAAGAGUUGCAAACUAGAAGGACAAUGAUUUUUAUCAAAAUUUUGGUGCUGAUAGUUACAUACUACGCUAAUGCCGUAAGUGGUAUUCAAGUUUAUGAGAAUGUCACCAACGAUAUAACAACUGAAACCACUAAACUGGCUCUUGUACCAACAACGAUUGCCAAAAUUGAAGCUGUUGGUAAAGAUAAUGUUACCGAGUCCAGCUUAGAGUCAAUGAAACCGAAUGAUGAUACGAUUACCAACAAUUCAACCGUUGAUCUAUCACAGGAAAAGAAUGCGCGGAAAAAUGAAAACGGAAGAGCUACCACCGGUAAGAUUGAACAACAUGAGAAAACCAGUUCUAAUGUGAAACAUGAAAAAUUUGUUCCGUCUCCGGAAAUUUCACUAAGCGGAAUAGAGAUACGCCGACCAUCAGGUGAAUCGAAAACUAAUGACAACUUUUACCCGUUGAGUCAUUAUUAUCAGCCAGUAAAGCAUAGCCUACAUUUCCAUUCAUCUGCGCCAAUAACAAGCAAUUCAAAUUGGAAAUAUUCAUCGUCCAAUCUGGACUCACUGCAGAAAAAUUAUCCAAAAUUUGAGGACGAGAUACAACAGCAGCGACAAAAAGAAAUCGAAAAAUUCACUUUUCCUCCACCAUCGAUCGAUAGCAGUAAAUGGUACUUAAUGCCGGACAGACCGAGUAUAGAGAGCACCGAUAAGCCAUCGGGAAGACCAUCUGGUGGCGGUGGAAAAUGGAAAUGGGUGUCCGACGACGAAGAGGAACAGGAUAAACGAAGUGCACUCAGUCAACCGAAUUUUCCAACAAUACCACCAAACGAAUUCAGUUACACAUACGAGAUCCCGACAACCGACUCGACGCCAUUCAGUGUCAAUAAAUACGAAGGGGUAGAUCAACCGUUAAAUGGUGAGAUUGCGUCUACAGCUCUAGGAGUUUCUGAGUCGGAAUGGGAGAGCCCGUUUACUUCUUCGAAUGGGAAAUUAAAGCAUAAGGGUAAAGGAAAGGGAAAGAGUAUUUCUCCGUGGAAGAAAAUCUUGCAUGUACUUACCGCUGCCAUACCCAUUGGUUUGCUCAUCUCCGCUUUAACUCCUCAAGUCAUAUACGUUGAUCCUAAUGCAACAUCGUCAAUAUCACCAACCGUACAUUCGUUAAAUCUCCUAACCACAACCAAACAACGUUCAUUGGACGAGGGGGUACAUGUAUCGAAUGGAAACGAUUUGACGAAUGGUCGCAAAUUCGUAUCGAAUCCCUUGAUGGAUUUCUUACACGUGCUACGAGACAAUGGUAACAGUAUGGAACGGAGUGAUUCGUGUGACGAUCGAAAAUUUUGUGAAGCGUCUCGCAGUGGCUCUGAUGCCGAUGCCAGUGUGCUGAACAAAAUGUUAUGGAAAAUUGCUAACGAAACGCCUGAAUUUCAAGCCAGAAAAAGUGGAUUGGAGCACAUUUUUCAUGCGAUUCGACACAAUAACUGCUCCAUAUUUGAGUGCAAACAACCAGAUUUGAAUAAACAUCGUCCAAGCAAUAGAAAAAAUUAGAAAUUUUAUUUUCGAAUAAAAAUUUUUAGUUUAAAUUGUCAUGGUCAAAUAUAUACCUCUUCCCUCUCACCAACAAUUUAAUUGACUCGAUAAUAAAUGAUCGGAUUCUAUUCAUCAGCAACAUUUGAUUUAAAAGUGAAAAAAAAAAUCCGUCCAAAUAUGAAUCUAAAUAGUGUAA